AGAUCGCACACCAGUGACUCGGCGAGCACCACGGCGGCUGCAAUAAUUGGGUCCUCGUCUGUGAGAGUGCCAGUUAGUUCGCGCGUGUAUAAGGGACACAGCAUGCUGAUCGGCGCGAGGAUUUAUUGAGUGCAACGACAGCGCUACAUUUCCUUCAGGAGCCUGAUCUAAGAGGUCGGAGGUCAGAAUGGCGGCCGUGCGCCGAGAGCCCACGGACAAUGACCGCAGCUUCUCCGACGACGAGAGCUCCCCGUUGAACAAUGACAUCUACAACGGAAGUCGGACGGAGCAGGCGGGAUGGGACGUUUUCCGCGUGCUGCCCCCGGAGGCGGAAAGUGUCUCAACUGCAAACCAACAGUUCCUGGAGACCACCAUCAAGGUCAUCAAAGUUGUCGUUUACCUUCUGACCUUCAUCAUUGUGCUCACCUCCGGCGUCAUCGCCAAGGGCUCCAUCCUUUUCAUGACAUCGCAGCUCAGGCCGGACAAAACCAUCCCCUAUUGCAAUGUCGACGUUGGGCGUCAGAAGACUUUCACAGUGUCUGUGCCAGAAGAGGAAAGGGUUGCCUGGGCGUGGUGCAUUUUCUUUGCUUACAUUGUCCCUGAGAUGGGAACUUUUAUGCGUUCUGUGCGAAUUUGCUUCUUCAAGUCGUGGAAGACGCCGCCCGGUCUAGAUUUCUUCAUAGUUUUCUUUGCCGAAACUUGCCAUACAGUCGGACUGGCUCUGCUCAUGUUUGCGGUGCUGCCCGACCUGGACGUCGUCAAAGGCGCCAUGCUAACCAACUGCAUGUGUAUUGUCCCUGGAAUUUUUGGAAUGUUGUCAAGAAGCAACAAAGAAACCAAACGAUACGCCAAAGUGAUUGUCGACAUGCUGGCCAUCGCCGCUCAAAUCACUGGUCUGGUCGUUUGGCCCCUUGUUGAGGGCGACAAGAAACCCGGCGUGUGGCUCAUUCCGGCCUCCGCUUUCCUCACUUCCGUCGGCUGGUGGGAAAAUUACGCCAGCAGACAAUCGCCAAUUGCUUUUAUGAAAGCCUUGGGCAGAGUGAAGGAGCGAAUGAAGAGGACUCGUUACUUCACCUACAUUUUCAUGUCUGUGUGGAAAAUGUUGGUCUUCUUUUGCUCGAUGCUGUUAGUGUUGCACAUGCGGGGCCAGUCGGUGCCCAACUUUUUCUCCAUGUUCAAAACUGGAUUCGCAGAGCACAAAAUCACAAUCAAUGAGGUGCGACCCGCGUCAACCUCAACGUUGUCUGACCUCGCCAAUGCCAUACCCACUGGAGAGACGACUGAAAUCGACGCUGCCUACAACACCGCCUUCUACGUGCUGCUCAUUCAAAUUUGCGCCGCCUACAUCUGCUACAUUUUUGGCAAAUUCGCUUGUAAAAUCAUGAUCCAGGGCUUCAGCUACGCGUUCCCAGUCAACCUGACCAUCCCUGUGUCGAUUUCCCUGCUCAUCGCUGCUUGCGGCUUACGCAAUGGCGACCCCUGCUUUUUCCACAACUCCAUCCCCGACUAUUUGUUCUUCGACUCGCCCCCAGUGUAUUUCCUCAACGAAUUCAUCACAGGAGAGCACGCGUGGGUCUGGCUGCUGUGGCUUUUGUCACAGACGUGGAUUACGCUGCACAUUUGGACACCAAAGUGCGAGCGUUUAGCGUCAACCGAGAAGCUGUUUGUGCUUCCCAUGUACGAUUCACUGCUGAUUGAUCAGUCUAUGGGUAUGAACAGGCGCAGAGAUGACGAAGGUGACGUUAAAACUGAGGAUCUCGCUGAAAUGAUCAAGGAGGGCAUGGACGAAUAUUAUGAGACGAUUUCUGUCCAAACCGAAGGCAGUGGCUCUACUCCCGGCAAACAGAUCAAGUCUUCUGACAGCAUUACCAGAAUUUACGCUUGCGCCACAAUGUGGCACGAAACGAAAGAGGAGAUGAUGGAAAUGUUGAAAUCUAUCAUGCGUCUUGAUGAAGAUCAGUCAGCCAGAAGAGUUGCACAAAAGUACCUCCGCAUCGUGGACCCCGACUAUUACGAAUUCGAAACACACAUUUUCUUCGACGACGCCUUUGAAAUCAGUGACGAUAACGACGAUGAAAAUGUUGUGAACAGAUUUGUGAAAUUGCUGAUUGAGACCAUCGACGAAGCUGCCACGCAUGUUCACGAAACCACAAUCAGGCUCAGGCCACCAAAGAAACUUCCCGCGCCCUACGGAGGACAACUUGUUUGGACCCUUCCCGGAAAGACCAAAAUGAUUGCUCACUUGAAGGACAAGUCCAAGAUCAGGCACAGGAAGCGGUGGAGCCAGGUCAUGUACAUGUACUACCUUUUGGGCCACCGUUUGAUGGAGUUGCCAAUUUCGGUCGACCGCAAAGAAGUGAUGGCCGAAAACACAUAUUUGCUCACUCUGGACGGAGACAUUGAUUUCCAGCCGUUAGCCGUCCAACUGCUGGUCGACUUGAUGAAGAAAAAUCGCAAUCUGGGAGCUGCCUGUGGUCGUAUUCACCCCGUCGGCUCAGGACCUAUGGUGUGGUACCAAAUGUUCGAGUACGCUAUUGGCCAUUGGCUGCAAAAGGCUACCGAACACAUGAUUGGGUGCGUCCUUUGUAGUCCUGGAUGCUUUUCCCUCUUCAGAGGAAAGGCCCUUAUGGACGACAAUGUCAUGCGCCGAUACACGCAGCGUUCUGACGAGGCGCGCCAUUACGUCCAAUACGAUCAAGGGGAGGAUCGUUGGCUGUGUACGUUGUUGCUGCAGAGAGGCUACCGAGUAGAAUAUUCAGCCGCCAGUGACGCUUACACGCACUGUCCCGAAGGCUUCAACGAGUUCUACCAGCAGCGUCGUCGUUGGGUUCCCUCAACUAUGGCCAACAUCAUGGAUCUGCUCGGCGACUACAAAAAGACCAUCAAAGUCAAUGACAACAUUUCCCUCCCAUAUAUUUCCUAUCAGAUGAUGUUGAUGGGAGGCACCAUUCUUGGCCCUGGAACGAUUUUCCUUAUGUUGGUGGGUGCCUUUGUGGCUGCUUUCAAAAUCGACAACUGGACCAGUUUCACCUACAACAUCAUUCCUAUUCUAUUCUUCAUGUUGAUCUGUUUCACCACAAAGUCAGAAGUUCAAUUAUUUGUGGCGCAAAUAUUAUCAACGGCGUAUGCUCUGAUUAUGAUGGCUGUGAUCGUGGGUACAGCUCUGCAGUUGGGCGAGGACGGCAUCGGUUCUCCGUCAGCUAUAUUCUUGAUAGCAAUGACAGGGUCGUUCUUAAUAGCAGCGUUCUUGCAUCCGCAAGAAUUUUGGUGUAUUGUUCCCGGAAUCAUUUACUUGCUGUCUAUCCCGUCCAUGUAUCUUCUCCUUAUCCUUUAUUCGAUCAUCAACUUGAACGUCGUCUCCUGGGGAACACGUGAAGUCCAAACAAAGAAAACUAAAAAGGAAAUGGAGCAAGAGAAAAAAGAAGCUGAGGAGGCCAAAAAGAAGGUCAAGCAAAAUUCUUUGCUCAGCUUCCUUGGCAAAGGAAACGGUUCUGGAGACUCGGACGAAGGCGCCAUUGAAUUCUCUCUGGCCGGUCUUUUCAAAAUCAUCCUCUGCCAGCACCCAGCCAGCAGCAGUGAAAGGCAGCAGCUCACCAGGAUCGCUGAGUCGCUUGACUCCCUCAGCAAGCGUUUGGAGAACAUUGAAAGGGUUGUUGAUCCCCACAAUAUGCACGGAACGAGGCGCAGGUCAAUCAGCAGAGGCGAAGGAAGUCACCAUGGGGCUAUUCCUGAGGACAAGGCCGAGGAGGACCAGAGCCAUUCCGAAGGCGAGGAUGAAUCCGAGGGAACAGGAGAGCCAAAAGAAAAGAGAGACGAUCUGGUCAAUCCCUACUGGAUGGAAGAUCACGACCUCAGGCAUGGCGAGGUCGAUUUCAUGACUAAGGCCGAGGAAAGCUUCUGGAAAGACUUGAUCGCCAAAUACCUUUACCCCAUUGACGCUAACAAAGAGGAGCAGGUUAGAAUUGCUAGCGAUCUGAUUGAGCUCCGAAACAAGUCGGUGUUCGCCUUCUUCAUGUUCAAUGCACUCUUCGUGCUCAUAGUGUUCCUCCUACAACUUAACAAAGAUCAAAUUCACGUUGACUGGCCGUUGGGUGUAAAAACCAACGUCACGUUCAAUGAAGAAACUAAAGAGGUUCACGUCAGCAAAGAGUAUUUGCAACUCGAGCCCAUUGGUCUCGUGUUUGUCUUCUUCUUCGCCUUGAUCUUGAUCAUCCAGUUCUUGGCCAUGUUGUUCCAUCGCUUCGGCACCAUCUCGCACAUCUUGGCCUCGACGGAGCUCAACUGGUAUUGCAACAAGAAGGUCGAUGACACGUCCACUGACGCAUUGAUAGACCGGCACGCGAUCGAGAUCGUGCGAAAUAUGCAAAAGUUACGAGGGUUGGACAACGAUCCUGACAACGACGAAUCCUCCUCAGAUCCGGACAGGAUCAGUCACAGACGGACAAUCCACAACCUGGACAAGCACAGCCGCAAGAAGCAGGUCAUUGGCACGCUGGACGUCGCUUUCAAGAAGCGCUUCUUUGCUAUGUCGGCUGAAGGAAAUGCCGAAACAGUGGGUACACCAGUGCUUGGUCUGAAUCGCAAAAUGACCAACCGCGAGGAAGCGUUGAAGGCCCUUGAAAUUCGCCGCAACUCAGUUCUCGCCGAGAGACGCAAGUCUCAGAUGAAGACGCUGGGCGCCUCCAAAACGCCCUCCGAGUACGGCGUGACCGGCGCCCAGGCCCUGGCAGCGCCGCGCCACAGAGUCUCUGUGGCCUCUGGAGUCAGUCUGAAGGACGUGUUCGAGCCGCCCAGUGGGUCGGUGAACCACGCUUACGAGGAGGAGCCGAGCAGCCUGAACAACAACAGCUCCGUCCGGCUGUCCAACAUGCAGCGGAACAGCAACGUCAAGUGGAAGGCGCCGUCCGAGUCGUCCCGAAAGAACAGCAGAAUGUGAAUGAGAUGAUUAUUGCGAAAAUGACCGAAUUGAGAUUCUUAAUUUAUGAAAAUGCAAAUUUUUUUAUUUUGAAUCGCGAAUCUAUUGUCUGCCAAUAUUGAUGUGUAGUUGAGUUUUCAUGAGAAACUAACAAACGAUAUAGAGGAGUCGUAUUAUUUUUAGAAACUGUGCGAGAUUUGAUGUAUUUUGCGUGGAAUAAAUCUAAAUGCAAGUUGGAUUGAAUUUCUCAUGUAGUGAAUAGUAAUUAUCAUUAACUAAUAAGGGUGUGCGUGCAAUUUUUAAAUGGGUAUUUUUAUUUCCUUUGGGUGCCAAUGAAUGAUGCUUGCUGAGAAAUGAUCAAUUGAUGUAUGAUGCAACCUAGCACAUAGGUUAUUUUAUAUCUUGAUUCUGAAUUUUGUGAUAAAAUUAUUUGUAUGAUAUUUUAAUUAAUAAAACAAGCAAAUUAAUUAUUUUAAAACUAAAA